AUGCGAGCCGGAGUAGGAAGUACCCACCCUUCCAAGAGAGAGCUGAGUCGUCCUCGCCGCUCAUUGGCUGUCGGGAACGUCAGCGCCCUGGAGGGCGGGGUCUCCUGCCAGAGAGCAGAAUCAAGGGCUGGCACCUACCGCUGGGUCCCAGGAUUUCCCAGUCCCUUCUUCUCACUUCCCGAAAACGCAGAUAGCCUCCAUAAACAGUUUCUUCACCUUUCUAUUUCGGUCUUGAAACCAAAGACCUGUUGCCGCCGCCGCGCCGUGGCCGCAAGUUUCUUAGUUACGGCGUGCCCACAAGGUCUGGGCGGCUACAGUCCAUGCCGGGUUCGGAGUUCAGCCACGCGCUCUGAUGGGACCACAACCAGCCCAAGCCACGCUAGUCCGACCGCGGCCAGGCCCGCCCCGCCCCCCAGGACCCCAGGCCUGGACGCUAAAGGCCGCCGCGCGGUUCGGGUCCGACUCUCACUCCUCUCCGACCCGCGCACGGUCCCGCCGGCCGGGGCCUCCCAGCCCAGGCACCCGAACCACAGUCAGAGACUCACCAGGAAGUUGCGAGUGUUCCGUUCUCCCGCCCUCGGGAGACUCGAAGCGAGCAGGGAGCUCGGCCCGGCGCCGCCGCGGAAAGGCCCACUGGGCCGGGGACGAAACUGCGCGGCCCCGAGCCGGUCGGCCACCUCCCGCCGCGCCGCCCCCGCGGACGCUGCAGGCGUGGGCACCCACCCAGCGCACGGCGAGGCGCGGCCCCAGAGCGAACCUAGCGGCGGCCCAUCCUUCGGUGACUCCGGCUCGUCUUCGCGCGGCGGCCGCUGUCAGGAGUGUAAACAUCCCGGCAUCCCCGAGGAGGGGGUGGGGCAAGCGCAGGCCCCGCCCCCUCCGGCCGCCAGGCCCGGGCCCCUAGCAACCCCUCUUCGCGCUGGGGCGGAGCGCGGUGGAGCACAGCGCUCCUGGGCCGCGGCUCUGCGCCCACGCCCUCCUCCGCGCGCUGUGGGCCGGGUUCCACCAAGAUUAAGAACUGGGGGUCAACUUAACGCCAGCUGGAUUACAUCACCAUGGCAUUGAGCGAUGCUCCACCUGAAGAAAGUUGCCAGGAUAAAUGGGUGGAGAAGAAGGGCUGUGUUGAGGGUUGAGGUUUUAAUGCAUUGUUGCUUGGAGGCAUUGUGGGUUUUCCUACGAGUUGCUGUGUGAGCCAUUGGUUCUCCUGGAGAAGUUCUGGUUGUCACACCGAGCAUUGCUUCCUGGCUCCGGAGGGGAAGAUGUGUGCCACUUGGUCUCCAGGAUGAACUCCUCAUGCUGCUUCCUGGCAUGUACCCUACUGUGCUUGUCAUUGGAGGAGCUCAGGGCCUCCGUGUCACUGAGGAUGGCUAUGGUGCCUUUCAGGACAGCCCUGGUCUUUGUUGUGAGUGUGACUUCUCGGUUCCAGCAUAGAACCUCCAUCCCACUAUUACAGCUCCUUCAUCCUGCUGGCAUAGACUUUCUGGCUUCUACCGCUGACACUUGAGUCUUCCCGGCACGGAUCCAUAAAAGAGACUGGCGUGAGUCCUUCUUGUGGGCUCUUGUGGGACCUCCAGUUGGACUCGUGGGAGGCAUUGUCCUGAGCUCUGGAUUUUUAUCUGGAUUCAUGUGGGACAUUGCGGUGGGGUUUAGGCUCUUGACUAAAUAAUCUAUGUCUUUGGUGUUGCAGAUAGAUUUCCUGCAUUUUCCUGUGUUAACUUCGGGUGACCAUUAUAAAAAUAUUAUAAACUCCA